GGCGCAGGAGGGGGGCGCAGACCCCGCGACCCACCAGGGCGCAGGAGGGGGGCGCCGCGCAGGAGGGGCGCAGACCCCAGCGGGGAAGGCGCAGGGAACGUGCCCCGGGCGCCCAUGAGUGUUGCCCAGGGAGCCGAGCUCUUCCCGGGCUCCGGGGACCUCCCCGAGCAGGCGAUGGCCGAGCUGAAGUCCCUGGGCAGCGACCCCUACCUGGCCCUGGCUCAGAGCUACGGCCAGUCCGCCUUCGCCUACGGGCCGGGGCGCGGCGCGGCGGAGAGCCCGCGGGGCUACGCGGGCGGCGGCGGGGCUUUCCACCCCGCCCCGCUGGGCAAGUCGGCGGAGAGCAGCGGCGAGCAGAGCGGGGACGAGGAGGACGCCUUCGAGCCGGCCAAGGGGAGCCCGGCGUACGAGCGGGACGGCAAACUCCCGGCGGGCGCCCUGGGGAAGAAGCCCAAGGAGCAGCGCUCGCUGCGGCUCAGCAUCAACGCCCGGGAGCGCCGGCGGAUGCACGACCUGAACGACGCGCUGGACGGGCUGCGCUCGGUCAUCCCCUACGCCCACAGCCCCUCGGUGCGGAAACUCUCCAAAAUCGCCACCCUGCUGCUGGCCAAGAACUACAUCCUCAUGCAGGCGCAGGCCCUGGAGGAGAUGCGGCGGCUAGUGGCCUAUCUGAACCAAGGGCAGGCCCUCAGCACCCCUCUCCCUGCCACCCUCAACCCCUUCGGACAGUCAGCUGUGUACCCCUUCUCGGGCACCGCCCUGCCCAGCUGCCCCGAGAAAUGCACGGCCUUCCCCGGGACCACCUCCUCGCUCUGCAAACACUUUGGCAGUCUAAGCAAAAUAAAUGAUGAAGUCAAUGUAAGGUGUAAAGAAACAUCAUUUGGAUUAGACUGGUGGAAGUUAGAAGACCAGUUUAUCUGUUUUUGUGUGUCAAGGCAAAGAGAGAGCGAGAUGAGACUCAAAAUUUCUGGCUACGGUGGCUUGAGGCAUAAGAAGAUCAAGAAGUCUUCCGCCAGCCACACACUGACAGUGAAUGAAUGAGUGGCUCAAGAUAUUUGAACCCAGGACCUUGUUGAUUUGCAGCUGUUUGCUGUAAUCAGUCGAUUACACUGCUUUUUCAAUAAUAUCGACACUGACAAUCGUUUUUUCCUCCCUCUCUCUCUGCCUGGGUAGAAUAAAGACGUUGUACUGGUGCUGUGUCACACACAUCACCCCAUGGCAUCUUUUCCACCAAAGACAUCCAGGGAAAAGGGGGUGUGGCUAGGUCCCUGCUUCCCAGUAAUCCCCUGAUGCUAGAACAGCCCCUUACAGAUCUGAGGCAGCUUGAACUUGCACUGGAGACCAGCUAGUUCCCAAACAUCCCCAUCAAAGGAGUGUAAAGGUGGCUUAAAGAAGCCACCUGUUGCCUUUCCAUCCCUCUGGUCUUGCAUUGACCACAACUGAGCCACACCAGCGGAUUUGGGCCAGAAUUUUUAA